CCCAAUUUGACACCCACAUUUGACAUUUGGCAUUCACUUUUGGCAUUCCUUCGGUUGGUUUCGCAACUACAGUCCUACGGACUAGUAUUGUCGUCGUCCUCUGUGGUUCAUCUGAAAAAUGGGAUGUUCAUUCAAUUCGCCAAUUCCUUCCGAAAGAGCGAUUUCCAUGGUUAAACCUCAUGAAAGCCUUGCAGGUGUACAAACUAUCUAAGUGCGUGACAAUGGAUAGGCACAAGUCCAUUACAAGAUGAUAUCUGCAAUUGAUCGAAAUUAGACAUUAAACUUCAUUCAAAGAAAGAGGAAAUAAUCAAGAGAGGGAGAAACUCAAAAGGAUGAUGUCAGAAAAAUAUGAGCUAUUUCAAUUUUUUUGUCAAUAUUUCAUUCAUGUUUCUAUGUGCUUUUCUAGUGACGCCUUGAGGAAAAAGGCACACUAUGUACAAAAAGAGAACCCCAAAUCCCCAAUAUUGCUUUUGUAUUUAGUUAAUUAAACUACAAAUAGGUGGAUUUUUCCAGGAGAAUAAAUAUUUGUGUGGGAAAAGACACUUAUAAUUGGUUAUCAUUUUCCAGGAAGGAAUAAGAGUGAGGCGGGUGGAGUGUGUACCUGUGUGUCAUUGGAAGAAAGAGGAUCUAUUGCGAAAGAGAUAUCCACCCACAAUGGUCCUUAAGUAUCUCUUCACCAGCGCAAAUAGGUCGACAUUUCCUUUGGUUUAGUUAGAGAGAGAAAGUUAGAGAGAACAGAAGAAAAGUUCAAUUUGCCUUCUUCAAUUUCCUUGAACCCGAAUGGGUUCAUUUCCAAGACCACCAGAUGAUAUCCUCAUGAAACACAUCAAUCAAGAACACACUCCGUUCAAAUCCUCAGCUACCUUGAAUUUCAGAGAAGCAAUAGCAUCAUCAUCCCAAUGGUUUAAAGAGGCUAGGAAAAUCAUUACUACGUCGUUAGAGUGGGAAAAAAAUAAUGAUAAGAUCCCGGAUGACGGCUUAGCGGUGGCGUUUGAUAGAAUCACGUUGGAAAAGUUACGAGCGCCAUGGAAAUUGACACUCAUGGGUAAGUGCAUGGGGGUUCAGGUGAAAUCGAGUUAACUGGAAAUAAGGGUUCGAGCGAUGUGGCGUAUCAAGGGUUCUUUGGAGGUUAUUGAUAUUGGUAAACAAGUUUAUUUGUUUAAAUUUACCCAAACCGAUGAUUAUGAGCGCGGGUUGUUUGGGGGUCCAUGGUUCAUUAUGGAUCAUUAUUUAAUGAUAACACCUUGGAAGCCAAAUUUUAGGCCGUCUGUAAAUGGGUUCGAUUUCAUGUCGGUUUGGGUACGUAUUGAGGAAUUGCCGGUAGAAUACUAUGAUAAAGAUGCUUUAUAUGAGAUUGCUAAAGUGAUUGGAAAGCCAAUUCGAGUUGAUUAUGCAACUGAUAAAGUGUCAAGGGGAAAAUACGCAAGAGUAUGUGUUGAAAUUGAUCUUAGGAAACCAAUUAUCACCAAGGUGUGGGUUGGUGGAUUUUGGCAGCCAGUUGUAUACGAGAAUAUCACGGCACUUUGUUUUAAAUGUGGUAAAAUUGGUCACGUAUUAGAGAGAUGCGAUCAGAUGGAUGGGAAUGAGUUGGUAAAUGGACAGCCCACUAAUAAGCCCAAGUUGGGUAAACAGGAUGAAGCCCAAAUGGAGGUGGAUGCAUGUGAGGCCACUACAAGUAAGGAUGAUAGCAGGGUUGGACAAACACAAUCUGAUAUUUAUAGGCCUUGGACCCUGGUCCAAAAUAAGAGAAGUCCAAGAAAUAAUUAUGGGAAGCAACGACAGACUAAUGCCCGGAUUAAUGAGUAUAAGAGUGGUUUUUCCUCAAAAAUUGCGACAACAACCUCAUUAAAUGGGGUUAACUCGAGAAUGACAAGGGAUAAGCAGGCUCACCAAUCAGAAGGAGAAGUUAAUGAGCCAGUGUUAGUUGCCCCAAGCCACACUUUACUGGAGAUUAGUGCUACACCGGAGUUAAUUCAAGAUGGGGGUGAUAAAACCGUACACUUGGCAAAUUCGUUCAACCACUUGGCAAAGGAGGAUGAUUCACCUUCUGCCUUUUAUAAUUCGGAUCCUUCUUUUCACUGUGUGGUAAACCAAGCUAACACUUCUUCCCUCUCACCAACCAAUCCCCUUUCUUCGUCUUCUGAAAUUCUUCUUCAAGAAGCUACUACUUCUCCCUGUUCAAAUGGAAAACCAGAAAAACACAAACACCACAUGCAUGCAGACAAAUUUCAAUCCAAAUCAAACCCAGUGGAGAAACAGCAGGACUUGGAUUCAAAGAGGACCCAGACAUUAUCGCAAUCAAGUCAACCAGCAGAUGAUGGAGGAAAUUCAGCAAGUUCAUUGCCCAAUCAGGCAACCAUCGAUGUUGCAAUUGUUUCCAGAGCAAUCGGAGACGAGUGCAUGCAGGAGUCAGAGAAUGCCGAAGUCAGGGGGAAUGGAGUUCAAGAAUGUGGGAUUGUUAGCAAUGGAAUUGAGAAGGAAAGAGGGGAUGGAGCCGAUAGGACCAAGACCGCGAACAAGGUGGGAUGUACCCCCUCCACAGGAGAUGAAACACUUACCAUUAACAGGGAGGGAACCGGAUUUCAACCCGAUAAAUAUGCGUCCCCAUAUUCCGGUUCGGGUGCAAAAAGAAAUUCCAGUUCAUCCUUUGCAAUUCGAAACUCAAAGUCAAGAAAUGGGGCAUGCGGAUCGCCUUAUGGCAUUUUACGUCACUCAGAGAGAGGUGGUGGGAGUACAAGUUCAAGUCAGCACGUUUCAAAAGAUGUUAGAUCCCAGGAAAGUGUUUACGUACGUGACUCUAAUUCGAAUGGAGGAUCUAAAUAUGAUGGGAGUCGUGCAGUAUUGGAGGGAUUGGGAGGAGUAUUUUCUUCCACCCAAUGCGGAGGAGAUGGAGCAUCCUAG